UCAAUAUAUGCUAAGUAAUUUGCUUUUGAAAAAAUAAGGAACACGCCAGCAAGAGAGUUGCUGUGAAGUUUGCUGCUGCGAGCGCGAAUACGAAGACAAAGAAACGAGAACAGCAACUUCGUCCGAAAGUCGUCCAGUCACGGAGAGACGGAAAGACCUCCUCAUUCCGAAGGUGACUCAUUGCCAAUAUCACUGCCAAUUGGAGAUUGAAACUGCCAGAACAAUUCGAUCAAUUUUCCCCACUGUCCUUCACACCGCCUCCAUAUAAGUGCUUCCAAGAUGCAGCAUUCGAGGCGAGAAAUCGGAAUGCUCCAAAAGCAUCGCGAUCACAUCAACGAGCACCUCGAUGAGCUGGUGAAAUGCACCAACUACACGCGCAUCAGGGAGGAGUGUGUUCGAAUAAACCUGUUGUCGCCCGACAUGCUGCGCAAUGUCGAAGACCUCAGCGGCGCAGGUUUUAACAUGAGCAAGGAGGACAGCCAGCUGGAGCAGCACAGGCGGCUCCUAAUCAAGAUAACCAAGCGUGGUCCAGCGGCCUACAACCAGCUCAUUACUGUCCUGCGCAAUGUGGGGAGUCUUCAGGCGGUGAAGCUGCUGGAGGAUGUUUCCGAGCAGAAUUCCGGCUCCCCCUUCAUAUCCAUCAACGAGAGGAAGAUCACCCGCAAGUCGGCCGACAUAGUGGAUACCCCGUCGCCAUCGCCGACGGCGACGGCGGACAGAAAUGGUGCAUGUGUCAGCAAGAGAGAAUACAAUGAAGCAGGUGGACCGCUAAUCCCCUACACGGAGCCCGUUGACGGACAAAAGCGUGACGUCAAGAAGUCGGACAGAGUCCACACUGACGAAGUGGUUGGCACGUACAACAUGCAGUCGCAGCAUUAUCGGGGCGUGCUGUUGAUGAUCAAUAUCAUAGACUUUCCGGAUACUGAGCGCAAGAGGAACGGGGCCGAAGUAGACAGCGAUUCGCUGAUCCACCUGUUCAGGGAAAUGGGCUUCACGAUAUUCGCCUACAACAACAUGAACCAGGAGCAGUUCUUCGACACACUCGGCAAGGUCACUUCGUCGAAGUACGCACAGCAGACCGAGUGCUUUGUAAUGGUGCUGAUGACGCACGGCGAGCGUGUCGGGGAAAUGGAUAAAGUGGAGUUUGGCGACGGCUCGGUGGUGGAUGUCCACAAGAUCAAGAACUAUUUCCAGGCCAGUGUGAGCCCGUACUUGGUGCACAAGCCAAAGGUGUUGAUCUUUCCCUUUUGUCGGGGCAGAGAAGCCGAUCUGGGGCAGCGCAUUAACCACUUUGACUCCAUAGGCACUGCGGCUUCCCGGCUGAGUCGUCAGGAGGAGACUGUUGUUGAGACCGAGGGCAGACCCUCCACCUAUACCAAUGUCCCAUCCCUGUCAGACACUCUGGUCUGCUAUGCCAGCACCCCGGGUUAUGUGACCCAUCGUGACGCCGAGUCGGGCAGCUGGUACAUCCAGACGUUCUGCGACAUGAUGGCCGACCACGCCCAUAACACGCCCGUGGAGGAUAUACUGAAGAAGACCAACGAGCUGGUGGGCCACAUGAGGACCAGCAAGGGCUCCAUGCAGACGGGCUCCUUCGAUAAUCUCGGCUUUAAUAAGAAACUCUACUUCAAUCCUGGCUUCUACACGGAAUAGCCACUGCCAUUGCAUAUAAUGAAAGCAUUCCUGACUGAAUAUUUGCAUUUCUUGUAUGUAUCUAUGUAAGUUUCGUCGCAUUUAUGUAUUUUAGAUUAUGUGUCUUGUGCUCUCGUGUGCUAAAUACUCUCAAUACUGUGUCCUGUCUCUCUAUUUGUCCAAAUACUCAGCCCUCUUUUUACAUUUUGUAUUUACCUCCUUAGAGGUAUGAUAAGGAAUUUUAGUGAUAGUUAUUAGUGAUCAAAGUGGUUACCAUAAAGUAUGACAAUUCUAGAUGCAAUAUACACUCCCCUCAAUUGAUUAUACAUACAUUUGCAUAAUAAAAUUCGAUCGAUUCCCAUAUCUUUUGAUGAAG